AUGAGUUUGUUCUUUGUCCUCCAGGUGUGGUUCCAGAACCGCAGAGCUAAAUGGCGUCGUCAGGAGAAAAUGGACGCCAGCACCAUGAAGCUGCACGACUCGCCCAUGCUCUCCUUCAACCGCCAGCCCCAGCUCCACAGCGGCAUGGGCCCCAUGAGCAGCUCCCUGCCCCUGGACCCCUGGCUCUCCUCCCCCCUGACCAGCGCCACGCCCGUGCACAGCAUCCCGGGCUUCAUGGGUCCAGCUCAGGGUCUUCAGCCUAGCUACCCGACCCACAGCUUCCUCAACUCCGCUCCUCACCCUCACUCCCAUUCUCACCCGUCCAUGGGUCAGGGGAUGCAGAACAUGGCGCCUCCCCCUUACCAGUGCACAGCGCAGUACCAGGAUAAAUACCCUCUGGAGGACGUGGACCAGCGCAGCUCCAGCAUCGCGGUUCUGAGGAUGAAAGCCAAGGAGCAUCUGCAGUCCAUGGACAAGACCUGGCACCCCAUGUGACUAACAAGUUAGGAAGGGAGACAUUAAGGUUGUUUUUUUCGGGUUAAAGGGUGAAGGACAUUGAGUCAAAUGCUGGAUAAUAUGGCAGUGACUUAUCUGAUACCCACGGAGCAAAAAAUAAAGGACUUUGAACUGUGAAACCUGAGGAUUAAAGGACUUUCUUUGGACUAUUUGUCCUCAUCUCAAGGAGACAAGUGAACUCUUAUGCUUGUCACAAUGUUAUUUUUCACAUUCUUCUUCCAAUAUGAACGUUUUGGGUGUUGUGAAAUAAACGCAAUAACUUUAU